AUGGCCCUCCGUCAAAGCUUCCAGGCUUUGCGUUUGAUUGCACCUCGUCACAUGAUACGCUGCAAUCUUAGCAUUGCAUCACAUGCUGCUGAUAAGUUUGUAAUGGAAAUACCACAGGAACAUGAAGGUCUAAAUAUUGAAUUUAAUUGGUCGCUCGCGGAUGACGAUGUGACGCCGCAUGGUGAUGCAUUUCGCAAUCUCACGUGGUCGAAACUUGAAAAACUUGUCAAGCACGAGAAUUUAUCAGGCAAAAAAGUGGUGAUUCAGGAGGUCGAUGUGAGCAUUGUAUUCAAUGAUUUUGAAGAAUUCUACGAAAAGGUGACGGAACAUUUGUCGACCGAGCCGAAUCUAUACACGCAGGAUGGGGCUGUGGGAUCAUUUAAGGAUGAUCGCACACGUGUGCGUGUGAUCUCGGACUCGCCGCUGGUGGCGCUGUUUGCGCAGACGUUGUUAGUCCGUGUGCCAAUUAAAAACCCACAUGCUGCUCGUCCCAUUGUGGUAUACGUAGCGACUGCCGGCGAGUUCAAGAACAAGGAACCGCAGGCGAAGCUACUGGUUGACAACGAUGAUGAAGGUGCUACUUUUGUCAAGGUCGUGAUCACUGGAGCGGCUGAUCUUGCGACUAUCAAGGAUGCUAUUGGUUUGGCGAAGAAGAAGCUGCUCGAAGUCGCGGAGUCUGAGUCGCUGGUGGUCCCAGCUGACGUACUUGUCAAGGACAACAGGACUGCACUGGUGUUUAAUGCCAGUGGUGCUGGACGUGCUGCGGCUAUCGACAAGGGGCAUCUUUACAGCGCUCAUUUGAAUAUCUGGAACCCAAAGGGUGUGACAUCGCUCUACGGAGGUGCGAUUGUGGACAACACCACCACGAUGUCGAAAAAGCAGGUGGUUACCGUGGAGGGUGGUUUGUCUGUUGGUGUGCCGUGCAACAACUUGGUGGAGCAUCCGAAGGCUGCUGUUUUUGUAGAUAAGGCUGGCAAGGGCGUGAAGUCAAUUUCUUCUGCAGAAGCUGUCGCGAUGCUAAAGAAGAUGAACGCUGACUUUGACGUGGAAAAGUUUGAGGUGCUUCUCAAGAAGGCCAAUACCAAGAGUUUUGUCGUGUCCAGCGACGCGGACGUUGAGGCUGCUUUGGCAAAGCUGUAA